AUCCCUGGGCCCUGGCCCAUCUCGCGGCCGAGCGCCCCAACCCAGUCGCUCCGUCGCUCGUCUUCCUCCUCGCGCGAGCGCCGCCACCCCUCUCUCCCCGUCCGGCUGCCGAGCGCCCCAGCCCCCUCGCUCCGUCGCUCGUUUUCCUCCUCGCGCGAGUGCCGCCACCCCUCCCUCCCCAUCCCUCUGCCGAGCGCCCUAGCCCCCUCGCUCGUCUCCCUCCUCGCGCGAGCGCCGCCACCAGGUUGAUCUCUCCUUCGAUUCUCUCGCUCCCGGCCGUUUCUCCUCCCAUCACCUCACGAAUGGAUUACGCCCUUUAGCCCCCCGUUUCAUCUCCUUAAUCUCCCCCAAUUCGUAACUGAGGCAAAAAUCAAGGUAGGGCGGUCACCCUACCUUGCCCUACUAGGUCCUCCGCCCGUGUGUGUUUCAGCAUGGGUAGUGAAGACUCAAAAGAUAUGCUGAAGAAUGUUGACUGGAAGACAGUGGGAGGUCCAGUGACUACUGAGUCAAGUCAACCAGUUGUUAAGAAGCGUCUUCCAAAGAAAAUCAGACAAGUUCCCGAGUGUUAUUUUCUGCCUCGGCGAUCUCUGCCUUCUGCAUUGCUAAUCUAUGGUUCUGUUUGUGCUGCUGGAGUUGGUGCUGGGAUGUUGCUUGAAGUUUGGAUAAACAAAAAGAUCAAAGAGGAUGGUGGCGUUGUCUGGGAGAUGGGUAAAUGACAUUCAGGCACUUUGAUUCGGUAACGAUCUGUUAGCUCAAAAUAUUCCACUCACCCUGCUGCAAUUCUGCUUAUGUGGUAUCACAGAAAUAAACCUUGCUCUGUUGUUUCGGAGUUUCAGACUAUCUUGUGACUUCCUGACAAAAGCAAACUCAGUCUUGUCUCUGUAUUUCUGGUUGCAUUGUGUAUCCUAACUGUAUGAUGCCUCAAACUUUAUAGCCAUAUCAAGGCAAGCAAUGCAUAUGCAGUACCAUUUUGUUUAAAUAUAAGAGUGUUGCCCUGGUAAGAAUUCAUUGAA